AUGAGCAAGAAAUUCAAAUCGCAGGCCUCCAGUAGCCGCGCUGCUACCAGCGGGCUUGGAGGCUUUACCAAUACAUUUGGCGGAUUCUCAAGUGCUACAGCCUCACAAGCAACCGCGCCCUCGUCACUGUCAUAUGUGGCCGAGCCUCCGGAUCUAUCCCGCAUCACAGAUCCGAACCUGGUGGUGGCGUUCAAAAGUCUGACCAAAAAGGAUGAUAUUACCAAGACUAAAGCACUAGAAGACAUCAAAGAGACAGUCUUGAGACUUGGGAACCGUAGUGAAGAUCUCGAAGAAGGAUUCCUGGAAGCUUGGACCAAAGUAUAUCCACGCAACUCAAUAGAGAAUGCUCGCAGAGUGAGACAACUCGCGCAUACCAUCCAAGGAUUGAUCUCGUCACUUGCUGGAAAGCGAGUGGCUCGUCAUCUCGCAAAGGUAGUCGGUGCUUGGCUAGCAGGGCUGUACGACAAUGACAGACUCGUCUCGCGCUCAGUAGUGGAGUCAAUUUCACAAGUAUUCCCUACCGAUGAAAAGAGAAACGGUCUUUGGAAAAUCUUUCAAACUUCAAUCCUGGAGUUUGUUGACGAUGUUAUCCUUCAUCAGACUGUUUUGACACUAAGUGAUGAGAGGAUCGUAAAGCCGGAUGAUGCUGAAGCCAAGUACGCAAGAGUCUCAGCUACUGCGAUUCUAUUGCUCAACCGCAUUUUGAGCACCACCUCGCCAGAGCAGAUAGCAAAAGAUCGGUUAACCAUCCAGACCAUCCUGAACAGCAAAAAUACCUGGUCUUUCACUCACCAUGCGGACCCAUUCGUCCGAAGAUCAGUCUACAAUCUGCUUCGUUCUUCCCUAGCACAAGACAUUGAGGAUCUGGACUGGUGGAUCAUCAGCAACAGCAUAAUAUCACAAGCUCUACCAACCCCUCAGCUGGGAUCCGCCACUGAAUUUUCUGAGACCUUACUCCAAUUAUCGCAGAACAGACCGCAAAUAUGGACCACGGAUUUCAGUGGAAAGACCGACUCCAGUAAAAGGUUGCAUCAGUACAUCAAAAAAGGAUCUCAGGGUGCUACUGAACUAUUUUGGACAAAUUUGCUUGAUCUGUUGCAAACAAUCCCAAGAGAUAUAAUCAGCCGCUAUGGAUCAGAAGGGGGCAACGAGUCAUCUGAUAUUGGAAUCUCGCAAGCAAAGGCCUUGAUGAACGAUCUGUUGACAGGCCUGAUGUCUAGGGAUGAGCCUCGACAUAAUCUCAAAACAGGAUGGGCUGCUUAUUACGAUAUAGGAAUCUGGCUGUCAACGCUUAUAGCAGAGACAGAAAAGAGUGAAUUGGUCACUGAAUACUUGACAAAGAUUUUUGACCCAUAUGUGAACGGCAACGGUGAAGAUCAGUGGAUAUUACCAUCUUCCAUCGCCUCUGCAACGUGCAACGUUGCUUUUCUGAGACUUACGAAUCAUGGUUACGAGAAGGAAUUGAAAGAAGCAUGGGAGACUGUGACGCAAAAUGUGCUACAAGCAGUGAAACUAUCUUUACCAGAACAGUCAAAAGAUUUCAGGUCUUCCCAGGACGCUGUAUGCACCAAAGCCACGCAGUAUUUCAAGCUCGAGGCAGCAGUUCUUUCCAAUUUGCCAUCAGAAAACACAAAAAUACCUGAUAUGUUCAAGGAAACGACUUUACUUCUGUUGAAAGGCUCAUUGAAGGUGCUUCAGGCGCGAAAUGGAAAGCCCUACGGUGCAGCUGCAGUUGUGGAAGAAGCUAUUCGUUAUGUUCCAGAGUUCAUCAAAGACUCUGAAGAAAUUAUUAAUUCCCUCAAGGACGCGAUUACCCAGCUUUUACCAACUCCAUCUGCAGAUAGAAUCAUGUCGAUUAUCCUCAUGUGCAGUGACUGGGAAGGGUUCGAAUCUGUGUUUGAUGCCUCCCUCGAAUCAAUGACGGAAGCGACUAUGCAAGACUCAAGUGGAUCUGCACUUCAAAAAUUGCUUUCCACUGUUGAUUUCCAAAAAGUUCAAGAAUCAUCACACUUUAUUUCGAUUGUCUCAUCGAACGUUGAGAAGGCCAUCGCAGGAAACUCUUCACAAUGGCCGUUUGUCUUCUCAGUGAUUGAAAACAAAACAGUGCCCGGUGAAACGAUCGACCAAAUAGUUAUGGUUCUGGUACACGGUUUGUCGUCGGAUGACGAGACCAUUGUUGCUACGCUUUCUGGGCUGUCGAGCCUUGAAGGACAAAAACCCGAAGCCCUUAAACGCCUUAGAAACGGCAAAGAAGGCUCUAGGCUUGUGUCACGAUUGCUCUACCUUACGGAGUCACCGAUCGAUGAAAUAAGUCAAAAAGCCGAGCAUUUGGAGAAAACGAUGCGAGCAACUGUAUCUGCGGAUGUUACCUCAGCGUCCACGCGUGAGAUCUUAAAGCAGGAAUUGCACGAAGUGGGACCGCAGUCAUUGUCUGUUGCUGUGUUGUCUGGCAUGGCCCAGGAUCUACUUCGGAAUACGGAGGCUAAAGAUCUUGGAACAUUGUUGGCAGACAUAUUUCCAUCAUAUGAGCUAUGGAAGACAACUUUGGAACAAUUUCUGAGACUACCCAUCAGAAAUUCCACGUCAAUUACCAGUCCAUUGGCCGGAGCCGUCUAUCUCGUGAACAACGAUUCCGUGACUGGCCGUCUGGACUUAGACGGUAUACAGAGAGACUCUGAUGGAGCAUCAUCGGCAUCCCGGUUAACGACAUAUGUUGUGAACAUUCUCUCUUCACCAGAUGUGCUUGUAUCGCUCGGCCGCAAGCAACGCGAAGCCUUGUUUUAUCACUUACCUCUUGCUCUGCAAUUGAUCGAUGAUGAUGCUAGCAUUGAAGGCUCGAUAGGAUUGAUUGGACUUAGUCUCACAGAAGAUAGAGACGAGGCUUUGGAAACUGUCAGCGAGGGCCGUUCAAUGAUAAGAAAAUGGAUUCGCCUGGACACUGUAUCGGAAGACCUGUUAACUUUAUGGGACCAGAAAGUUGCUGAAUUAGAUAAUACAUCACCCGAAAGUUAUCGAAUCGGUCAAGCAUAUGCAACAGUCAAGUCAGAGGCAGAUCCCACCAAGUCUUCGGAUGAUCUUAUGAGCCUCGCGAGAGAGGUUAGAAAGUAUAAUCCUAUACGUGCGGCCGCUGAGCUGGCUGUAUGGGGCCCGGCUUUGGCCUCUUCGGCAUCCGGUACACGCUUAUGCAAUGAAUUGAUUGCAGAUGCCACUGGCUUCAAGCCUGGCCGGAACCCCUCCGAAGGCCCUAGAAGUAUCGUUCUCCUCAACAUCCUUGCCCAGAGUAUGAGGGAAAUUCUAGACACAAUCCCUACACAGCGCAUGGUCUUUCUUGUCAAGAACCUUAUUCAGGUAUUACAGUCCAGCUCAGAUUCAACAAGCAUCAGAACAGAAGCAUUCAAAGCCCUGUCGAUGUUUUUGAGACCUCUUUCCGAGAUAUAUGGCUCGCACUGGAUGGAGUCGAUUGAAGCAUUGUGCAGUACUUGGAAGGAAAUCGGUGGCGGAGAUGCAGGAUUACCAGUUUUGCAUUCUUCUCUGAGACUUUUUGCUGUGCUCAGGGAUUUAGUGAAGAGUGACGCCAACGACGAUUUGGUGGACGCAUGGAAAGAUUCUAAGCAAGACCUCUUUGAAAGUCUUGUUUUGACGCUGGAUAAGCUGGACUCUACAAGUGCCGUUUAUCUGCCCCGAGAUAUAACGGCGGACCUAUUGCGCCGCGAACUCGUACUUGUUCCAAUAGAGUCUCUGUCAAACAAGAAUGAUAUGUUCUCGUUAUUGGCGGUCGAAUGCAAAAUCAUCCAGCAGACAGCAUUCGAAUUACUGCAUCGCUAUAUCCCACAAGCCCAAGAGCAAGUGUCAUUUGAUGUUGCCUUGUCAAAGACGACGGUCAAUCUCCCCGAUGAGUUGUUGUCUUUGCUACUUGAGGCUCCUCAGGCAAAUCUAGUUGCUACAGUGAGCGAUGCGAAGACCUUGUUGAGAAUCAGGGCUUAUCUGAUGAGCUGGAAAUUGGUUUUUGACCAUUUUUCUUCGAGUGCUUCGCUCCCCGUUCAAGAAAAUUACGCAGAAAACAUCAAAGAGCACCAGAUUCUGGCACCAUUGUUAGAGUUUACUUUUGACUUUCUCCAAAAGUCCUAUGGGAAACUCGUUGAUGCAUCGAAAUUCGACAUCCGCUCAUGGGAACCGAUUGACGAGCCAAGUGAAAGGGAUACACAGUGGCUUCUGAUUCACCUCUAUUAUUUAUCACUCAAGCAUCUUUCGUUAUUCACCAAGAACUGGUGGAUUGACAGCAAGAAGCGGAUCAAAGGUCCUGUCGAGACCUGGACACAGAAAUAUAUCACGCCGUCCAUCAUUGAAGACGCCCUCACAGGAGUCUCAACCUGGAUCCAGACACAAGAAGACGACGACGAGCGCCCACUCACCGUCAAAGUCUCACACCGCACCGCCGAGCUCGUCGCCAGCAUCCCAGUCGACGAAGACUCUCCACCCGUCGCAAUGGCAAUCUCAUUACCACCUGCCUACCCACUCCAUCCCGCAAUAGUCACCGGCCGCAGUCGUGUUCUAGUCGACGAAAAGAAAUGGCGCAGCUGGAUGCUUAUCAUCCAGGGAGUAAUCAUGUUCUCCAACGGCAAUCUUGUGGACGGCCUCCUUGCUUUCCGUCGAAAUGUCCAGGGUGCUCUGAAGGGACAGAGCGAGUGCGCUAUUUGUUAUUCAGUUAUUUCGACGGAUAUGCAGACUCCUAAUAAGCGCUGCGCGACGUGCAAGAAUGCGUUCCAUUCGAUCGUACUAAGCAUGUCAGCAAACCAAAUACCCAAUCUCAACACCCUCCGGCGCGGCGGAGGGGGUCUCAGAGGCCGUCUCCGUGGUCGAGGAGCAGGGGGUCGCGGUUCAGGCGCCACUACACCAGAUGAGGAAAACCAUACUAGAAACAACACUGCAGCUGCAAAGGAUAAUAUUAUUCAAGGCACUGACAAUGAUGCCAGCGUCUCGAGGUUGAGUGCCGUGGAGUUGGGGUAUCUGGAUGAUGUAUUUGCGCGGGCUUUGACGGUGGGAGGUGGAGGGCCGGGGUCGAGGAGGUUUCCUAUUAUUAAUAGAGGUACAUAUGUUAGAACCACGGCAAUUGACGAGCUGGUCAAUCGCUUUCUUGAUGAAGAUGGUGCACAGCAACCCACAAGGAAGCAAAUAAUAUCUCUUGGAGCGGGCUCAGAUACUCGUGCAUUUCGAAUAUUCAGCAGGAAACCGUCAACUCGGUUGGUAUAUCAUGAACUUGAUUUUUCGGUUAAUACAUCGGCCAAGAUCAAGGCGAUUCGUUCGUCGCCGCUUCUUCAGAGAGCAAUACAUGCCUACAAAGAUGAUACGACAGCAAGAGGAAAUGAGCAAUACCUUGCUGGUGAUUCUUUGCAUUUACCAAACUAUCAUAUUCAUCCCAUCGAUUUACGGAGUCUAGCUGCCAAAGCAAGCCAAUCCUCUACAAGCCCGACAGAGUCUGCCACGAAUGACUCGCAACAGUCGACUGAAGACAACAGCACUUCCAAAACGGCCGAAACAAACAUAAGCCUCCCAGGAAUAGACCCAAACCUCCCAACCCUCCUCAUCUCCGAAUGCUGCCUCAUUUACCUCUCCCCCACUUCCGCAGACGCCGUAAUUGACUACUUCGCCCAAACCCUCUUCCCACCUACAACGCCCCUGGGGCUAAUAAUCUACGAACCCAUCCGCCCGGAAGACCCCUUUGGUAAAACAAUGGUCUCAAACCUCGCUGCGAGGGGGAUACAAUUACAAACAUUACACAAAUAUGCAUCUUUACCGGCAGAACGACAACGGUUUGUGGAUCACGGAUUAGGCACGGGCCAGGGAGCGGCGGAUAUUGAUUUUAUUUGGAAUUGGUGGAUUGGUGAGGGUGAGAAGGAGAGGGUUGCGGCGUUGGAGAUGAUGGAUGAGAUUGAGGAGUGGAGGUUGUUGGCGCAGCACUAUUGUGUGGCGUGGGGAUGGAGGGAUAGUGUUGAUGAUGGUGUUUUUGGUUUGUGGAGGGAACUCAGAAGCGAGUGA